GACUUUAUUUCCCAAAUUCCCCAAAAAUCAUAUACGGCCUUUAAUAUUGGCCGUUCUGUUGGAUUAAAGAACUGUUGGAUUUAACUCAUAGCUGAACAACUAUAAUAAAAGUUUCAAUUAUUCCGAAAAUCACCUUCAAUUACAAUGAGGAUUAAGAAAUUUACUUUAACAAUAGCGCUGUGUUUGUUAAUUCAGUUUGCUUUAGCCGAUGAUGUAGAAGUGGUCAAGGGUAACGAGGAAAUGUCUGAUCACGAUAACGAAGUGGAUCAAGUGGCUUUAGAAAGUGAACACGAUCCACAAAAUCAAAAGGUUUUAUAUCAACACAAUAUGCAACAACAGCAACAACAACAACAGCAGCAGCAACAACAAGGACCUGGUCCAGCAAGAACUUCUUUAAAUUAUUUCAUUACAGGCAAUAACAAGGGCAUACCAUUGGCAUUGGGGCAACCAUUUGGUCCACCACCACCGCCCUCACAGUUGGCUUACCAGGGACCACCACCACCAUUGCCACCUCAACGACAGGCUCCACCACCUCAACAGCAGCAACAACAACAGCAAGUACAUGUGCCACAAUCAUUGCCCGACUUGAGUGUGGGUGCCUCGUCUACCAAUGAAAUUUGGUCUUCGCCCGUGCAAGACAUGGCCAAAAUUAUUUCGCUCGAUGUCAAGUGUGAAAAAAAUGGCAUGAAAGUUUUCGUACAGUUCGACAAACCCUUCUACGGCAUUGUCUUCUCCAAGGGCCACUACAGCAAUAUGAACUGUGUUCAUUUACCCUCAGGUCUAGGCCGUACUUCGGCCACAUUUGAUAUUGGUCUACACGAAUGCGGUACAUCGGGUAAUACCGAAAAUGGCCUGUAUGGUUAUGGCCAUGAGUCUGGCUCGGGCACCUAUUUCGAAAACAUUAUUGUCAUACAAUACGAUCCUCAGGUUCAGGAAGUCUGGGAUCAGGCUAGAAAAUUACGUUGCACUUGGCACGAUCAGUAUGAAAAGAGUGUAACCUUCCGUCCAUUCCCUGUCGAUAUGCUAGAUGUUGUUAGGGCUGAUUUUGCUGGCGACAAUGUAGGCUGCUGGAUGCAGAUACAAGUAGGCAAGGGACCUUGGGCAUCUGAGGUCUCAGGUUUGGUAAAGAUUGGUCAGACAAUGACCAUGGUUUUGGCUAUUAAAGAUGAUGACUCCAAAUUCGAUAUGUUAGUGAGAAAUUGUGUGGCCCAUGAUGGUAAGAGGGCACCCAUACAGCUGGUAGAUCAAAGGGGUUGUGUCACUAGACCCAAAUUAAUGUCACGUUUUACAAAGAUUAAGAAUUUCGGUGCCUCGGCUUCGGUAUUGUCAUAUGCUCAUUUCCAAGCUUUCAAAUUCCCCGACUCCAUGGAAGUGCACUUCCAAUGUACCAUACAAAUCUGUCGUUAUCAAUGUCCUGAUCAGUGUUCUGACCCCAACUUGCAAGAGGUUCACCAUCUGCAAGUGGGACCUGAAUCACAAUAUGGUCCACCACCUCCACAACUACAUGUCGACACUUAUCAUGUGGGCAGUUCGAUAAGCAAACGACGUGAUGAACGCCGUGUUCAACGUCGGGCUCGUGCCGUAGAUAACGAACCAGAAGUUGGCCUAAAUCGCAUCAUCAAAGUUGUGUCUUCCGGUGAUCUUACAUUUGCUAUUGAAGAAAAUGCCAACAAUACCGCUUCUAGUGCGGCUGCUCAGACCAUGGUCUUCCCCGCCCGGGAAGAAGGUCUAAUCUGUAUGACUACUCCCGGCUUUGCGAUAACUUUGAUUAUACUUUUGGGCAUUCUAAUAACUUCUUGCCUCAUUUCCGCCGUCCUCUAUGUACGCUUAAGACCCUUCUCGACCAUAACGAAAAAAGAAAGAGCUGUAGCCUUUACGAAUCCCCAGUUGACAGGUACUUUGCCAGUCAUACAAAUACCACCGCCACCAGGGCAUGGUACCCUGUCGAAAAAUCGGACGCAUACAUAAAUAGACUAGACAGUUUUAGUACAAAUAUGAGACUUUUUAUUGAAAAACAAAAGGGUAUAAUUG